AUGGCCACAUUCAUCGCUGGGUAUAAACCGGGGAUUUUUGAUUGGGUCCAAUUUCAGUACAAUUUCACAAUCCUUUUCCCUCUUGGAAUAUCAUUGAAUAAUACUGUAAAUGAAGCUGUAAUGAACGAGCACAGACAGUAUGGUGAUAUACUACAGGCUGACUUUCUAGACACUUACCGAAACCUUACACUGAAGACGUAUGCACAUUCUCGAUACAUAAGCCAGAACUGCAUGAAUGUACGGGCUGUAGUGAAAGUUGACGACGAUAUUGCUUGGAAUGUUCGUCUCUUAUUUGACUAUUUGUCCGAGAUUGAUCCGGAAAGAAACGUUCUGUACUGCCGAUCAGUAAAGAAGCCUCAUGUGGAUCGAAAGAAAUCAAGUAAAUGGUAUGUUUCAAUGAAGGAAUAUCCUUACAAAUAUUUCCCGGAGUAUUGUCUGAGUCCAAUAUACGCAGCUACACCAUCUACUGUCAAAACCUUACACGACGAGACAAUUAAUGCACGAUUCAUUUGGCUCGACGACGUUUUUAGCACUGGAAUCGUGGGACGAGAAGCUGGUGUCUCAUUUAGGGAAAUGUCAGUGAACGUGGACGACAAGGACUAUGGUCCAUUUUUGGAUGGGUCUGUGAUAGCACAGUAUCUCAGAGAACAGGAUGAUCUGAGCACACUGCUGGAAGCUACUAGCAGCAACGAUACCGCUUCUUCGUUGCCCUAA